AUGCUUUUUGGGAUUUAUGCUUCGAUAUCUGUGGUGGUCCACCUGUUUGCUGAGGGGUAUCUUAGCACAGGCACCUGGGGAGACAGGCAACUCCGGCUGUGUGCUGAUAUGGUCUGGAGCACACUCACAUGGCCGCGGCUGUACAACGAAACGUCAGCAACGGUCAUUGGCCUUACUCGUUGCUCACCCAACGCAUGCAAUUGGAUCGCAACGAGAGUGGAGCAGGAGAAGCGGAAGGCCGCUGAAUUCCAGUUGGACUGCUACAUUCGCGCCGACAAAACCGGGCAGGCUCCCUACUUCGACCAGAACUCUGACGACAUGGCAGACUUGUAG